UAUCAGCAACAUGUGCUCCACUAUGCAUCCACUGGGUGGCUUCUGAGGCAACGAUACACGGCACGGUUACGCUUGUGUCGAGGGAAGUUGUGGGGAGACUUCAGAGAAAACUCGUUGCCAAUCUUCGUUACUCAUUCAUAGCUGCAUCAUACAAAAAUUACUAUGGCGUCAAUUACAGAGUUGAAAUGUGCGCUCAGGGAAACUCUUGAAGCCAGAGGAGUGAUGGGAAAGCUGAAAGCGAGGAUUCGGGCAGAGGUGUUCAAUGCAUUGGACGACCAGAGCGAGCCGAGACCUCCCCUGUCGCACGAGAACCUUCUCAUCAACGAGCUCAUCCGCGAGUAUUUGGAAUUCAACAAGUAUCGCUACACCGCCUCGGUGCUGACGGCAGAAUCCGGUCAGCCUGAAGUUCCUUUAGAUAGGCAGUUUGUGGCAAAUGAACUGAACGUAGUGGAGGACCCAGGUGCAAGAACAAUGCCACUCCUUUAUGGCUUGCUGUCCCAUUUCCUUCAAAGUAGAGACAGCAAGGAGAAACUGUUUCUCAGAAGCUCUGCUCCCUUGACCGCUCAAAAGUCAAACACAGAGGACUGCUGAAUUGUGUACAUGUCUGUAUAUAGAGACCAGUUGUUGCUGAAAUCUCAGGGCUGUGUAUUAUGGUAAGACCACAAACUAUUGGUGUCGAAUCUUGUCACCAAUCAUGCUCAAAUGCAUGUUUGUACUGGCACUGGCACACCGUCAGGGAUAAGAAUACUUACCAGGAUUGUGUUUUAAGUUGAAGCCAUGUGUUGAAAUUAUUACGCUAGACUCCAUAGCAAUCAUAACAGGUGACACACACUUGUGUAUAUUUCAGGUUCUCUGUAUACUCUGUUAUGGAUAAGAAAUGUAAACAGUUAGGAUCACUUAAAAUAGACAGUGGUCUCUGCCCCAGAGAUAUUUCAGUGGAUACUCUGUAAAAAAUGAGUUGUCUGCUGUCUACACACACGUUUCUUCCGUCAGGCUCUGUGAAUGUAGACUGGAGUUUGUAGAGGAAAUGGCCCUUACACCACUAGUUCAUUCACAUAUUUCGUGUGAAGAUACAUGCUUUAUAUAAUAAUGCGUUAAUACAGCUGCAUCCUGAGCAGCAUGUUUUUUAACUUCUUCUUUCUUGUAUGUCUAUGUGUGUGUAUCCAACUCAUUCUAUAUGUAUUGAGGAGCUGGUAAGAGACAAAGGAAAACACAUCCUAAAAGCAGGCACUGGUCUUAAUAGCAGUACCUGUGUUUUUUUCUUUCUUCCUUAAUCCACUGUACACAUUCCAUUUGUUACUGUAUAUUUUUACAUAUAAAAUUUGACCUGUGAAUGUAUUUAUUGAACCUGCUGAUUAAAGCUUAAUUGUAUAAA